AUGACAGACUCCGACGCCGAAGGUGGCGUCCCGCUCAUUGAAGCCGAGUUUGACUCGCUCGCCUCAUCCAAGAAGCGGAAGCGAGAAGCCGUAGAAGGUUCAACACCGGAAAGCAAGAAAGCCGCCAAGAAAGCGAAGAGGAAACAGAAGAAAAAGCAGAAGCUAAAAGAGAUUGAUGAGGAUGAUCUGGACCAAGAGCUAGGAGUGAACAGGGCCUUUGAAAAGAUGGACAGCCAGUUGCUCGCCGAUUAUAUGAAUGCGAGGACGAGGCUGUACGGGAAAGAGCUUAGUAGUGUGGAGUUGGAGGAUAGAUUUGUGCCCACACGCACGCUCAAAGACACCACUAGCUAUACUGGGCCGCGGACUCUGGAGAACCUCUCCGCGUUUCUCAAGCAACAGUGCAAACACAUUCAGGCCACGCCCAAGGAAUCUAGAGGAGCACCCCAUACGCUAGUGGUCUCCGCGUCCGGGCAACGAGCUGCAGAUGUGUUCAAAUCGUUGCGAACAGGGCUGCCAAAAGAGGGCAUCAGGAACCCGAAUGUUACCAAGCUGUUCGCUAAGCACAUGAAGAUUGCUGAACAAGUGGAGAAUCUCGAACAGUACAAGACUGACUUUGGUGUCGGAACUCCAGACAGGUUGGCUGCGCUAUUGGAUCAGAAUGCUUUGAAAACAACGAAUUUGAAGCGUGUGAUCGUCGAUGUGUCGUACAUCGAUCAGAAGAAGCGCGGCAUUCUCGACAUGAAGGAACUCCACGACCCCCUAAUCCGGCUCCUGCUACGGAAAGAGUUCGUUGGCGAUGGUGACGAAGGUGAGAAAGGUGACGGUCUGUUCAUGUUCUAUUAG